UUUACUGACAUUCCUAAAAUAAAGCAUGAAUCAAAGAUUACUCUGUAUUAUGACAACAUUUGGAGUUAUGUGGAUACUGACAAUAAUGCUGAUUUUACGGGGUUUGCAAGAACAUUUCCAGCUUCAGUCCAUCAGAGAUAGUGAGUUAUUCAAAUUCAGAAAAGAGUGGAAGAUUAACAUCGUAAGAAGAGAGCCCAAGCAGGAAAAAGUAGAAAUGACAAACAAUGAUAAGAAAGAGACUGUUACAUCCCAUCAAUCGAAAACUGACGACAAAGAGGAACACAAAGGAUUUAUAACCCGGGAGAUCCACGGGAUUUUUACAGCUACUAUUCCACUGAAUCAGAGAUAUAAUUUAUCAGCUCCAGGUCAAUUUGGUAAAGGAAUGUCGGUUAAUAAGGCGUUGCUUACAGACAGGGAGCGACAGAUGUAUGAAGAAGGAUACAAAAAGAACGGAUUUAACCAGUUUGUCAGCGAUCAGAUACCUCUAGAUAGAUACGUGGGAGAUGUGAAAAAUAAAGAAUGCAAAAAGAAAAUCUACAGAAAAGACCUACCAACAGCAUCCGUGGUGAUAAUUUUCUAUAACGAGGCUUGGAGCGUCCUGUGGCGGACGGUACAUAGCAUAUGGAACAACUCACCAGCCCAUCUUCUGAAGAAAGUAAUAUUGGUAGAUGACGCUUCGGUCCACGAACAUCUGGGUAAGAAGCUUGAAGAGGAGGUAGCUAAAUACCCGAAUGUGAAGCUGGUCCGUGCUAAGAAUCGUACGGGAUUGAUUCAGGCCAGGAAUCUGGGCUUCAGUCAAGUUCAAACAGACGUGGCCAUAUUUCUGGAUUCCCAUUGUGAGUGUGCUGAAGGAUGGCUAGAACCUCUGUUAGAGAGAAUAGCAGACGACUAUAGAAAUGUGCCUGUCCCACUGACAGACGUAAUAGACUGUGACACCUUUGAGUACAGAGGGUCCAAUUUGGAGUAUAUGUCUAUAGGAGGCUUCAAUUUCGAUCUCACCUACUCAUGGCGAACAGUUCCAGAGAGGGAACAGAAAAGGCGCGGAUCUUUGACUGCUCCAAUCAGAACUCCUACUCAUCUUGGCUGCUGCUUUGCCAUCAGCAGGCGAUUUUUCAAUGAACUGGGACGAUAUGACCCCGAACUGAAAAUAUGGGGUGGCGAAAAUAUGGAACUCUCUUUUAAAACAUGGAUGUGUGGUGGUAAAAUGGAGAUAAUCCCCUGUUCCCAGUUAGGCCACUUAUAUCGCUUUGUGAUGCCGUAUUCCUGGGGUAAAGACGGUUAUGGUAACAUGAUUAGGAAUGCUCUUAGGGUGGCAGAGGUCUGGAUGGACAAUUACAAGAGAAUCUACCAUGAUCGCAUCUUUUACACCCAAAGCAAUGUUAAUAUAGGAGACGUAUCAGAGAGGAAGGCCAUUCGGGAGACACUACAAUGUAAAUCGUUUGACUGGUACAUUAAAUACGUGUAUCCAGAGUUGUAUGUUCCAUACGGGUGUAAAGCCACUGGUCAGAUAAAGAUUAACAAUAUGUGUAUAGACUCCUACACCAGUGGAAACUUCUUUGGCAAACCCGUUUCUGUCAAAGGAUGUGUUCCUGUAGGAAUGUCGCAGCAUUGGACAUUGACACGUGAGAACACCAUUAGAAGAGACGAGGGUUGUCUGGUGUAUAAUGGUAUAAACAGUGUAUUAGUAGGACCAUGUACAACGCUCAGCAAAUAUCUACAAUGGGAAUACACACGGGAAAAUUUUAUUAAAAGUUAUAUCAAUAAUGCAUGCAUGGAACUAGACAAAAACAAUGGAAUAGUUGUGGUACGCAAUUGCUCACAAAGUCCGCUUCAGAAAUGGACCUGGGAAAGAAGAACUAUUAAAUUGAGUUGAUUCUCAUGUGCAAUUAAUCAUAAGUAAUAAUCAAGUUUUCAUUAUGUUCAUAUUUAUACAUUUCUUUUGUAGAAUGAUGUUUGAAGAUUUGUACCAUUAUCUCCAAUUUUUU